AUGCUUUUCUUCAGAGAUGGAUGCUGUACCACUGUAGAAGGGACUACUGCAGACGUCCUAACUACUGCGCCCCGGGGUGCAUACACCCGCUUUUGUACCGUCCAUCGAGACCGGAUCCUGUAUCUGGCCGAGCAUGUUACACGACUCCGCAAGUCCCUUUUGGGUAUGUUAGAUGAUCGCUAUGUGGAACUGUAUCAUCUCUCCAUACCCAACAUGAGUAAGCACAGACAAGAGGCGGAGGACAAAUUCACUGAGGCUUUUUUGGCUGAGUAUAUGAUAAAGGCUGCUGACUGUAUGUUGAAGCAGAUUCCGACCGGUGACAUACGUGUAGAUGUGCACCUAUCUGCAUACGAACCUGGAUUCCCCAUGUUUGCGCUGGGCACUCCCGUUCCUAAUCAAGAUGAGACCAAAGACACAGUUAUUCUGGAGAGAGGAGAGCGAAGAACACCUACCAUAAAGGAUACACAGUGGAUUAAGGAGCGCAAACCACUGGAAAGCUUUCUCGGAGACACCGUGGAAGAAGUUGUUCUAAUGGAUGAUGAAGGCUAUCUUUAUGAAGGAAUAUCAUCUAACUUCUUCGUGUUGUUGCGGAGGGACGACGGAGCACUAGUCCUUCAGACGGCAGAAGACGAGUAUGUUCUUCGGGGCACAAUUCGAUCUAUGGUCUUAUCCACUGCCAAGGACCUGAAUGUUUUGGUCGAGAUGUCUCGUCCCAGAAUAGCAGACAUAAACAAGUGGAUAGGGGUCUUCAUCACUAGUACUACGCGUAGAGUGAAGCCUAUUUCUCGCGUCUUCCUCGACGGAACCACUUACGACUUUUCUACAGACGAGCCUUCCCGUUUUAAAGAUGCAAUAAGACAAUCCGAACUUAGUCAUGGAUCUCUGAUAGCAACUGAAUAG